CUGCUCUAUUGUUCCUCUGCACAAGGGUGGAGAAAUCUCCCCCAUUAUUCUUGCCAUGAAAAAGCAACAGGAACCUCCCGUAGGAAUGGAGACAAGCAUUGGCGUGAUGUUAUUUACAUGGGACUGUAUAUUGGUGAGGAUGAGGAUCUGCUGACAAAUUAAGGAACCAAUGAUGUCCGGGCGAUAGACUAUGCAGAGAAGAUAUAACUGGAAGAAGUCUUGACAUCUGGACCAGAUGAGGAAGAAAAGGAAAGACAACAGCGAAGACGUCACUCAGGCUUACUGGCGUUCCUGUGCGGACAUACUUGGAUAUAUUUUGGAGAAAGUUUUUAAGGAUGACUACACAGUGACCCUUAACCGAGUUCCAGAAAUGCCAGGUUUCCUGCCUGACUACUUACUUCGCCACUUCAAAAUGGUUCCAGUAUCCACCACUCCACCUAAGGAUCAGAAUGCGCUGACAUAGUGAGGAGACAUCUGGGCAUCAAGUUCUGCAGAGAGAAGAUUUAGCUGGAACAAAUCCUGGCGGGCUGAAACUAUUCAUUAGAAAAAGGAUAAAGACCGAUGACACCUGAUACAUUCAUCCAUCAGUUGUUUUAUCACAUAAGAACAAAAAGCUGGUCUCCUUGGGAUGGUUAUAUAGGGACCCAGUCUUGAAGUUCAUUAAAUGGACAAAGUUUCCACUGAAGACUUAGUAAACCAUGUCUGGUGCCAACAACAUCUUCAUAGUGUUUUUACUUGGAAACACAGCUAUGAUGAAUACAGAAGCACAAAAACCUUUUCUUCGUCUGGAACCUGAGCAGCCAGGGUACAUUGUUGGAGAAUCUUUAACACUGAGAUGUAUUGCUGAAAUGCCAACAAGGAUCACUGGUUACAGCUUCUUCAAAGAUGUCAUACCGAUAGCUAUCAAUUCUUCCUCAAACAGACUGACCAUAUCAUCUCUUUCCUUAACGGAUGCUGGAAAUUAUUUUUGCACCUACUACAUAGCAUCUGCGGGCACACAAACAGAAAGCCAGUACAUAGACCUAAAAGUGUUUGAACUGCCACCCACUCCAACCUUAUCAGUUGAACCCCAGAAAAAUGUCUUUGUUGUCAAUCAAUCAUUGGUAAUACGUUGUCAGCUACAGAGAGGACAAAGCGCUACUGAAAUCAGCCUGUACAAAAAUGAAAGUAUAAUCUAUGAGGCUGAUAAUUUUGGAGUUUUAUCUAUUGCAAAUACCGAAAAAAGGAAUAGUGGAAGCUACACCUGUCAAUAUAGGACUAUCAUAUCAGGGCGUACAGUGGACUCUCGUUUAAGCAAUCAAAAGACUUUGGUUGUUAUAGACCUGCCUCCAACCCCAAUUUUAAGGUAUGCAAACAAUGUUCAGAGUCAAAGUGGACAAAUAGAGAUUGUGUGUGAGAUACAGGAUCCCUCGUCUCUAAUCCAUGGAUAUCGUUUGUAUCGGAACGGAGGGGAAAUUUUGUCAAGAAGGGAUGUGAAUCAGUUUGUCAUUGACUACAGUCUGAAAUUUGAUGGAUGCUACUCCUGCCGAAGCUUUGUAGAUAUACUGGGAGAGGAGGUCCUAUCACCUAAGAGCACUGAGGUCUUCUUGACUUUAGAUGAACGGAACAGUUCCUCAUUUUUAGAACGGGACAGAAGAAGCUGUCAAGUGCAAAAUUCUACAACUGACUAUGGCCUCUCAAAACAAGGUUACAAGUUAUAUGGAAGUGUUCUCGUUGGUAAACUCAUCGUCUUGAUUUCCAUUCUGCUGUAUUUUGGGAUCUACUUACUCGUUAUUCACAUAAGGCGCAAGAAAUCUGAGACAGAAGCAAUCCACAGAUGAAAACUAAUUUAAAACCUUAUAUUUUACACAUUUAAAUGUUAACUUUUACGUGAAUAAACAUAUCUUUUAUUCCAUGUGUUUCAUUUAUUUACUGUGGGGGUCUUAUUGAGGAUUUAAACCAUAUACAUUCCAUUGAUUCCAUAGUAAUGAGUGCCAGGAAACUGAUGUUUAACUACUAAGUUUGUCAAACUCAACUCAAUACGUAGUUCUCCAUAGGAGAUCUACAGUUAAACCAUAUGGGGUAGAUUUUUUAAACGCAUAUAGGCCCAUUCUCUUAUGCAUUUAUGGCAAUAAAAUCCAUUGCAAAUAUGGCAUUUUGAGCCAAUAUUUCUGAAGCCCCUGUGCUGCUUUUACCUAAAUAUUAGGGGUGGGUUGUGACACUUAUUGCCAGCCUAGGCCUAAUCUUGCAUUAUAUUUAGCCCCUGAGGAAGUUAGCACCUUGGCUGACAAAAUGUGUAGGGUGGGGUAGGGCAUAGGUCCAUUGUACACCAGAGAAUAUAUACAUCAGGGUUAUUCAUUUAUUUUAUUAAUGGUAUGUCUGGAUGCUAUAUUUACUUCUAUGUCGUAUAUUUUAUAUAGUGUAUUUGGAUUAGAAAUUCAGUGACAGUAUUCAACUGUGAUCUAUUAUCUUGAAUCCUGUAUUGUAUAGGAUUAUACUUUGCUAUUUCAUGUAUUUCCUUUGGUUGUUGUUUAUAUGCAGACUUUAUGUUCCUGUGACUGGCUUAUUGUGUUCAGGUCCCUUGCCUUUUUUUCAUAUACAAGUUUUUGAUUGUCUUU